AUGGCUACACUAGCCCCCUUCUCUACCUCGUAUCGACAGCAGCCAAGUACAGGCACGCCAUCAUCAGUAUUCCGUCAGAACCAAACACAACAAAGGCCGGCUUCUGCCCUUGACCUUCCAGGUCUUCAAAGCGCAAGUCGCGUGUUGCACGACCAGUUCAUGAAGGAUGCCCAGAUAAUACCAGAUAUUGGUGACAUCCUCACAACCCCUGGUGGGCAGUCGUCAGCACUCUAUAGCGUCUUUCCAGAUGACUACCGGGCACCAUUUCAGAAGAGGAGGCUUGUAGGCAUUCCUGAAGCACUGUUCCAGUAUUAUAACACUACCAACGUUACUUCACACAUGGGUCUAAUACCCAAAAUCGAGCGUGUAUGGAUAUCAAUUGAUCAUAAGCUAUUUCUUUGGGAUUAUGUCGAAGGUCAAGACAUAAGCUCCUUUGUCGACCAACCAGAUGUCAUCACGCAUGUCGCUGUCGUAAAACCAAAAGUUGGCGUCUUCGUCGAUGAAAUCACCUCCGUCAUGGUCAUUUGCACUCCUGUAUCCAUGUAUGCAACAGACAUGACGGUUUCGACUGACAUCGAAAUGUACCUCUGUUAUGGCUGUCUGUACGAACUGCACUAUCAACAGAGCGAAUCAUGGUUUUCGAAACGGGUGCAUAUAGUCAACCACUCUGUUGGAAGCGUACAGAGUCUGUUCCCAAGGUUCACCUCGCCAAAGUCAGAAGACCGCAUCGUCGCUGUGAUCUCAGAUCCAAAACGCAAUUGCUUCUAUACUCUGUCUGCUAGGAACUCGAUAUCUAUAUACCAGGCAAGCAGCGAGAAGGCUGUGCACCAUGUACAAACUAUGUCGAAUCUUUACAAGUCUGCGCAAGAGAAGGCACCUGGUUCUCCUGCUCUUACCCCUUCAAACUUCCAGAUCGUGGCUCUACAUGUCCUGGACCUAGGUGAAUCACGGACAGGGGUUCAAUUGAUAGCCAUCACCAUGAACGGUGUACGCUUGUACUUCUCUCCAUCAACCUCUGCAUAUAGUUUUUCAUAUGGGCCGACCCCAAGUGCUGCAGGCGGUGUGCGACCUCUGCAACUCAUUCAUGUACGACUUCCACCCCCAAAUCUAUUGCACCCAGACGAACAAUCUAGCCCCCAUCGUCCUGCUUACAACAGCUCCACCCGAAACUCACCUCCACAACCUCCAUCCCGUCCCUUCAUCGUGUCAGGACUCGAAAAUUCAUGUUAUUUGGACGGACUAAUGGUCUCAGCUCAGCCUGGUGAUACAGAUGGGACAGACUUUUUGCUUUGCACCGCUCCCGAUCUCACUCGAAUUGGCUCACUCGGGCAACUAAAUCCGCCAUCCCAACAACAACCAUCCCAGCAACCAAUAUACGGUUCCUCAUCAUAUGGGACUGGGGCAAAUCAACGUCCUCCUUUAACUGAAUAUGCCACCUUGCUGGCCAUCCCUGGUCGGACAUGGUCGAUGGCGACGGUUCCCCGAGAAUCUAUCCCUGCAUCAGUUGCUCCUUCACCUUCAGUCACAAAUGAACUUGCAACACAAUUCUCUGAGCCUUCGCGACAGUUCAUGAUCCUCACGAAUGUCGGUCUCACAUUUUUGAUCAAAAGGCGAGCUUUGGACUAUCUCAAAGCGGUCAUAGAGGAAGUCCAGACUGAGGGAGUGGUGCAGCCAAUAAUCGAGUUCAGAGACAGUUUUGGAAGAGAUCAGACAUGUGCCAUGUUACUUGGUCUUGCAAGUGGAAAUACUUUCCUGGAUGCUGGGGAACUAUCGACAAGUGGCACUCUCUGCACAAUAAAUUCCGAUAUUGCCAACGUUGCUAAGCAGGCGUUCUAUGAUUUUGGCGAGCGACCAAUCUGGACAGAACGAGUGACAUAUGGUACAAGCGAUAGUUCUGGUAGUGCCAUCUUUAGUGGUCGAAGGGAGGGCUUUGCUAUAUAUUUUGCGCGUCUAGUACGGCCACUGUGGAAAGACAAGUUAACAAAGCCAGGCCCCUCCGGUUUGCAACAGUCGAACUUCGAUGAUAACCUUUUGGUGACUGUACAGAAAAACCUCUUCGCAUUGAAGGAGUUUCUGGAUAAAAACCCUCACCUAUUCCACUCUGCACCCGGGGAGCAUUCAGUAUCGCGGACAUCAUCUGGCAAUGAGCAAGAAGCUUGGAAGGCUGAGCAAAAUUCUGUUUCCCAGCUCCAAGCGCUGUUAUCCAGGACAAUCGAGGCGAUAUCUUUCAUACUUCUGUUGAACGAUUACAGGCUAGGGGAGCUGAUAGCCCAGUGCGAUCUCGAUACGCAAAAGUUGAUCACCUCCAUGACAUUUGAGGACAUUAUAACUUCGCAAAAUGGUGUCACAGCUGCACGUGCAUUGGUUAAUGUCGUAAUUGACCAACAGAUCGGUCAACAGAUUAGCGUGGAUACGAUCAGUGAGGUACUACAGCAACGUUGUGGUUCGUUUUGCAGCACAGACGAUGUCAUGUUGUACAAGGCCAGUUUGAAUCAGGCUCGUGAAAGCGUUCGUAAGGCUAUGGAGUCGCGAAAUCCCUCUGAGCGUCAUAAUUGGCUCGGAGAAUCUCUGAGGUUUGUGGUGAAUACCAGCAGCUCGGUUAUGCCAAAGGUUAGUACGUUUGGGUCUAGUGGAGCUGUGGAACUUCCAUUGAGUUGCGCCCAGGCACUAGACCCUGAUAACCUGGGCCUCGAAUACUGGUAUGCAGCAUGUCCGCCAAAUGACACCCGAAAGGAGUAUUGCGAUAGACGACUCAAGUGUUACGACCUUGUCCUGCAUUCUCUAAGCGUCUUUGAAGAGCAAUCUUCACAAAGUCCUGUAAAAGGGUCAGCGUCAAACGCGAUGGACGACCCCGAAGCUAUACGCAGCCAUGCCUAUGACCUUGCAUUUUCCAGCGAGGACGAGAUGUUUCACUCCACGUUAUAUGACUGGUUAAUUAACCGGGGUCUUGCCGACGAGCUAUUGGCGAUGCGGCCUCCAUUCCUGGAAGCCCACCUCAAGCGGGAGCCGAUUACAGUUCCCAAGUAUCAACUUUUGUGGCAAUUCUAUGUGAAAGACGGUCAGCCGUUACGCGCCGCCGAGAUACUUGCCAUUCUAGCAGAGUCUGAUACUGACUUGCUGUUGGACAAACGCCUCGAGUACCUGACACUGGCCGUUGCCAAUGCGAAGUCUCAUCCGGUGACUAUCGGUGGCAGGCAUGAGACUGCUAUUUCUUUCCUUACCAACCUCGAAGAAAAACUGGAUGUCGCUCAAGUGCAGCUUGAGGUAUAUAACACCCUCCUACCUCAUAUGAAUGAUCCUGGAGAAGCUGGAGAGAAAAUCAAGUAUCUCAGCCAGACCUUGUUGACAAUGUCCGAGCUGUAUCAAGUCUAUGCGGAACCAUUCGAUCUACCGGUCAUGAAGCUCUUGAUCUUACAUGUCUCUGAUCAUCACGAUGAACAUGUUGUCCGCCCCAUAUGGGAUAGAAUAUUUGAUGAUGCGAUUGAGAAGGGUGCGGACGCACAAACCAAUGCUGACCACAUCAUCGCGAGUGUUGUUCCACUAGGGAAACGAUUUUAUCCCUCUGAGAGUGCCUUCCCCUUGAAGUACAUUGCAUCGUUGUUGGUCAAGUUCUCUCUCAAAAACAGAACACACCUACCAAACGGUUGGACUCCUCGGGUGCUUGUUCAGUGUGGUGUUCCUUACGCGGAUGUAUGGGAUGUACUCCAUGAGAUGUAUGAAUCACAGAUACCGCCCUUCAACACGCAGAGUGGCGUGCAAGUCGUAUCAGCUGACAUUGCAAUUCUUUUAAACGACUGGCUUGAGGAGGCAAAGCGCCCUCAAUCUUCAGUUCCCCGAGGAGAAUUCCCUGUUGGCAGAAUAGAUCUCGCUGUUGGGCAGUAUCUGACGGAACUAGGUGCCAAUCAAGCGGAGACAAAGGCAAUUUAUGAAGGUAUCAAGCGCCAGCUGAGAAGAAACUGGUAA